UAAAGAGUCAUCUAGACCAAAACUUUGCGUAGAACGAAGAAGAGCCAAAAAAGACAACAAAAAGUAAAUAAAUUUUCCAAUCAAAAAAAUGUCUGAAGAAACGUCUAAGGUCGACGAUAAAAAAUCGCUGAAACGAAAAUUCAAAGAAAUUAAUAGAUCCAAAGAAGCGAAGAAACCCCCAAUGCCAGUCUAUGGUAAAUACAACAUUUUGAAAAUGUUGAAAGAAAAUCAUUGCCUCAUUGCUGAUGAAGAACAACUGGUGAAUGCCUUUCCGAGAAACAAACGAUACGACCUGGACGAUAUUAAAGGUUUCGUAAACAAAACUGCCCAAAGGUCACAGGCAAUCACCGAGAAAAGCAACAAAACAAAAGAAUUUAAAAGGGCAAAUGAUCUGGUCAAGUGUAUUGAGGAGUGUGAUAGCCCGAACACCGAGCGAAACCUGGACAUACCUUUGUCGUUGAAAACAAUCACCGAUGUUUUCAAUUACACGGACGAGGAAGUGGAUGUCCGAAUGCUUUACCAAACACUCACCAAUUUUUCAUUGGGCUUCCCUACGUGUCACAUGGACCAAACAACCAACGACUUUUUAUAUGGAGUCUAUAAAGAAUUCAUUGAUCAAGUGCAUACACCAGAAUUCCAAGAGGACGUCAAAAGGUAUCAAAAAUUCUUCAAUGGCAGAGCAAGUGGGGAAGAUGAUCGGCCCGAUGUGAAACAUCCAACCGAUUUCAGUGAUAUGGAAUUUGUUGUAAGGAGCACAUUCAAUUGUCCGUCGAUGAAUCCACUAAACAUUCCGUAUUCGCUUUUGAACAAACCGAAAGAUUCGGUUUAGACCAAAACGGUUAUGAUUGAUUUUAUCCAUUUUUAUACUCUUCAUACGUUGUUGUUUUUAUUAAUUGUUUAAAUUGCACAGUGAGUGUGGACGAAUUUUUAAAUGUCAUCGACAUGAUUCUUCAGUUGAAUUAAAAUUAUUGGACAAAAAGAAAAAUUGGAAAAAAAAAAUAGU